AUGGUAUUAAUGGUUGGAAUCGUUGCAGCUCGAUCCACGUGGCGAAGUGAAGAAGCAGCAGACACCGAGGAUGGUGGUCAAGGAGAGGAGGAGCUGGAGACAAACAACAAGUUCGCGCAUCUAUUCCGUCAAAUGUUAGCCAAGCAGAGAGAAACCAACAUGGACUGCGCGCUGUCCGAAGACUGUCCAACUUCUCUCGAGUGCGUCGCCGCAAAGUGCCGUUCUAUGGGACCACGCAGGACCAAAAUGAUCAAUUUGUAUAGUCGGUGGUGA